CCAGAAGUAGUGUGGUGAAAGAGAGGACCAUGUGGAUUCCAUGAUAGAAGCCUGCAGGUCCUCAGUCCCUAUUUCUUCCUGUGUGAGCUGCUGCCAGGCUCAUUUUGAGUCAGAGUGUCUCUCUCUGCUUGACAUGUGGCUCUACCUGGUGGCCCUCGUGGGCCUGUGGACCCUCCUGCGCUUGUUCAGGGAGAGGCAGGUGGUGAGCCAUCUCGAAGACAAGUAUGUCUUCAUCACGGGCUGUGACUCGGGCUUUGGGAACCUGCUGGCCAGACAGCUGGACAGGAGAGGCAUGAGGGUGCUGGCUGCAUGUCUGACAGAAACGGGAGCCGAGCAGCUGAGGAGCAAGACAUCAAACCGGCUGGAGACAGUGGUACUUGAUGUCACCAAGACAGAGAGUGUUGUGGCAGCCACCCAGUGGGUGAAGGAGCGUGUUGGGAACAGAGGACUCUGGGGCCUGGUCAACAACGCUGGCAUCUCUGUCUUUUCUAUCAACGAGUGGCUGAACAAACAAGACUUUGCAAACCUACUGGAUGUGAACCUGCUGGGCGUCAUCGAUGUGACUCUGAACAUGCUGCCCUUAGUGAGGAAGGCGAGGGGCCGUGUGGUCAACGUCGCCAGCGUCAUGGGCCGAGUGUCUCUCGUUGGUGGUGGCUACUGCAUCUCCAAGUAUGGUGUGGAGGCCUUCUCAGACUCCCUCAGGAGGGAGCUCUCCUAUUUUGGGGUGAAGGUGGCUAUUAUAGAGCCUGGAGGCUUCAAAACCAAUAUUUGUGAUGUUGAGAGGCUAUCACACACCAUAAAGAAGCUGUGGGACCAGACCAGCUCAGAGGUCAAGGAGACCUAUGGCGAGAAGUUUCUGGACUCCUAUCUGAGAUCAGUUAAAUCACUGAUAAACACCUGCUCAGACGACCUGUCCUUGGUGACGGACUGCAUGGAGCAUGCGCUGACGGCCUGUCACCCUCGCACCCGGUACUCACCUGGCUGGGACGCCAAGCUCUUCUACCUCCCCUUCAGCUACCUGCCCACCUCUCUUGCGGAUGUCAUAGUCUCCUGGGGCUCUGUAAAGCCUGCCCAGGCCCUAUGACAUCUGCACUUGUGUGCAGAAUUGGGGGAGCAAGGUGGAUGGAGGGAGCUACUGGCAGCGGGGGUAUCAUUGUUCGCCAUAGUCAUUAAAAUAAUUCUUCUUUCCUACCACGCAAGACCAGGGACAUCCAGAGGAAAAGACCAAAGGAAAAAUACUGCCAAAGGAUAGGGAUACAAAGGCACUGGCAAGAUCCCGUUGAGUUAGGCAAGUUCCCGAGGCUUUGAGCAUUGUGGUCUGUUUGGGAGGCUCCACAGAGCCAGGGGAGGGAGUUGUGUGAACACCUAGGAUGAGCU